UCCCUCGCUUGUACACACACACCAACAGCCUCAGCAAAUCGCGUCGUAGUGUCGUCGGUGUCUACGUCACGUCGUUUUAAUUAUGUUUUAAUUUUCGAUGUUUAAAUCUGCACGGAACUGAAAGAGAAUGGUGCCUGUGCCAUUGUCAUUGCAGCCCUCAAUUGCAUAACAGAAGCAUUUGUGCUUGAUUGUGUGUGUGACACGCUAAAACGCAACACACCCACACUAUCAUUGCGCAGCGGACACCAACAACAAUAGCUGCGGAAACUACAACAACAACAUUGGCUGGGGUGGUGUAAUCAAAUUAGGAUUUCGAUUGAGUAAAGUACUCGUAUCACUAUCGACGACGCCGCAGUAAUGCUUUGGGGCUGACUAUCGAAUAUUUCGACUAGUCGACUUUCGAUAGUUUACCAUUCGUUACCAACAGUAUUCGUUUGAACAACUUUACAUAACUUAUAACGCGCAGUCAUAUAGUCGUACGCCGAGUGAUAUGGCCGUGUUUCUGAUUAAUAUUUGUAAAUUUAAUGGAUGCGGCAUAACGUUCCCAAGUUUAAGCGAUUUAAUAUCUCACAUUGAGUGCACACAUAUAGACUAUGAUCCUAAGGUGGUCGAACAGAAGGAGCAGGCCCAGCCUGCAUGUCUGCCGCUGAGUUAUGUGCUGCGCUUUAUCUCCGAUGAUGCCCGCAAAGAGGCCUCCACUUUCCUGUCCAACAACGGCGGCAACACAACUGCGGGUAAUGUGGAGCUUAAGCGAAAGCUGGCUAUUAAACAUCACAGCUACAGCAUGUCGUCCUCCAAUCGCAGCAACACGCCCACAGGAAGCGAAAUGGAUGAGGAUGAGAUGGUUGUUACCGAAUCCGAGGACAGCAAUGACUCCUGGACCACGGAGGAGUUUAGCUCGGAAUUCAUAAUGCGUUAUGGCAGCAGGCAUUCCGGUGGCGGCACCAAUGGCACGCCAGGCAAUGAGAAACCGUUCGCCUGUCCAGUGCCCGGCUGCAAGAAACGCUACAAGAACGUGAACGGGAUUAAGUAUCACUCAAAGAACGGUCACAAGAAGGAUGGCAAAGUGCGCAAGGGGUACAAAUGCCAUUGCGGCAAGAGCUACAAGACGGCACAAGGCCUAAAAAAUCAUGCCCUGCUCACGCACAACGCACAGCCAGAGAGCGUUCUGACAACUCAGCAGGUGGCGAAUGCAGCCGCCGCUGCUGCUGCUGCCGUCGCCAACGGCACGAGUCCUUCAAAUGGCGGCCUGACGAGCAAUGCCAACUCCAAUGUGGGCGGUAUAAUGCAGCGCAGCGGCUCGCCCUCGCAAUCGCUAGGCUCGCUCAGUCCAUCGAGCAUCAGCAACAUGUCUAGCAGCGCGAGCAGCUGCCACGGCGGCAGCGUUGUCAGCAGUCUGUCCAACAACAGCAACGUUAACAAUAAUAACGGCGGAAACAUGUUGCAGCAGCUCAAUGCUGGAAGCAUUGUAACAAUGACCAAUGUGUCGCAGACUUCGCAGCAACAACAACAGCAGAAUUCUAGCAUACAGUUGACGCCACAGCAAAUGCAGAUUGCAACAACAACAUCCACAACAGGUAACAGCAACAACAACAAUUUAAUGCGCAGCACACUUGGUUUAGUAUCUAUUAAGGCCAACAACACCAACAGCAAUAAUCAUGCUGUAAUUGCUGGCAACAGCAACAGUAAUAGUGUCAAAGGCUCUGUGGUCCCCAUCAGCAAUAAUACAACAACUGUUUGCAACACGUCCAACAAAAUAACGGUACCAAAUUUUGUUAACUUGGGCAUUUUAACGCCAGCCACAUCGCCCACUAAGAACACGCAAACGCUCACCUUUAAUACAACCGGGAUGCAGCAGCAACAACAGCAGCAAGCAUUGGUGGCAUCGCUAACCUCGAACAUCUUGCAGCAGCAAAAGUUGCCCGUCAAUGGCAACAAAACGAACAUAUUGUUGUUGCAGGAGGCGCCUUCAACAGCAGGGAUAGCAACUGCGACAUUGUCGCAUCCAACAACCCCUCCACAGCAUCAGCAGCAGCAACAUCAUGUCCUGCCUAUGACUCCAAUCAGUCCCACCAGCAGCAUUAGUGGCAGCAGUAGCAAGAGUAGUUCGCCAACACCACAGCAGCAGCACAAGAAUCUAACAACUACAGUGGCCGCGGCUAAAAUGUCGCCAAAAUCGCCCCAAAAGAAACAACAUAUAAUUGCCAAUAUUCAGCUCAGUGCCAGUCUUGCCAAUGCGAGUACAGCGGCCACAGUUGUAGCCCCAUCAACAACUGUACCUGAACCCAUGGAGACGGAUGAGGCUGGCGAUGGGGGAGUCGAUUGUAAUGUCAAUUGCGACAGCAAAUGUAACAGCGCGGCUGCUUGUGCUACUGUUCCAAAUAGUACAGGCGAUGGCAGCGAGGACUCCUCAUCAUCAUCCACAUCGUCUUCGACUCCAGCCACACUUAUUGCUGCUGCUAGUGCAGGAGCUGUGGCAGUUGCUGCCAUUGAAGUUGUCAGCGCUGGUGUAGUUAACGAUGAAACGUAGCCUAUACUUAAGAAAUUACUAAUGCGUCGUAAAUUGAACACCUAAAGGGCUGUAACUGCACCUAUAUUUGUAACUGGAACUUGCUCCUAACACUAAAUUGAAGGCCCGUCUGCGAUAAAGCUAACAUUCGCGCUUCUCUCGUAUACGAACAAAGCAACAACUACAACAACACAUGGACACACAUUUUCAUACACAUUCUACAAACGAGCUUCGUUUUUAAACCUUAAUUUAGUUGGUAACUGUAACUAUAUCCUGUAACUAUAUCGCUAAACAAAAAGGCCGUGUUUUGUGGAACGCCGGCAGAGUCACUCACCAAACCCAUUGGAAGAAACAUUUCGUAGACUGCUUUUGCUUAGAUCAGACAUAAGUUGUGUUUAACCUUAUUUUUAAACACGAUUCGCAUUCGAUUGUGCAAUAUUGACUUUGUAUGAUUUAUACCUUAUUUUACACUAAAUUAUGCUAUAUACAUAGUUUAUAUAUUUUUAAAAUAACAACUCAUGUGUGUAUUACAACUAUUUACAACUGCUGAUCUCCUGUUAAUUUAAUUAUAAAAACGAAACAAUACGACUUUAUGCAACCAAUCAUGAAUUGUAAUAAAAAAAAAUUACCAUAUUUGGAAUUUUAUUUAUAAAA